AGGCGCCCCCCCAGCGCCUUAGAUCGCCUUACCGCCUUAAAAACAUAGCAUAGUAUAGGAAUUUUUCCAUUGAGUCUAGGCCUCAUUCAGUUUGGAGGAUUUUUAUAGAAAAACGCAGGAACAAGGAUUUCAUAGGAAAAUUUCCUAUAGAUGCAUUCGGUUUGUAGGAAACGCGUACGGGAAUUUCGUAGGAAUACUAUUCAUUUCCUGUGUUUUUGGAGGAAUCUACACAUCCACUCAAAGCUCAUUUUGUGCGUAGGAAUGAGGCAAGACAAUUCCUUAGGAUGGCAAGUGCCAUCCUAUCAAAUUCCUAUACUACUACUCCUAAUUCCUACAUUUUGGUUUCCUCCAAACCGAAUGAAUGUGUCUUUUCCUUUGAAAUGUGAAGGAUUGAUUCAUAUCCUAUGUAGGAAUAGGAAUCCAUUCCUACAAACCAAAGGGCUCCAAAGAAAGUUUUCCUUUAAACAUCUUAUCCUACAGAAUUCCUACAAACCAAACGAGGCCAUAUAUUUUGUGGUAGCUUGUAUGUUUUCAUGAGGUAAAACAGGGCAGGGAAUAGUACGCAAGCAGAAGGCAGAAACCAGUUUGCUACCAUCCUACUGAUGAAUAGACACCACCAUGCAGUGAAGAUCAAUGAAGGCUGUCUACUGUUGCCUUGUGAUCUGAAAACAAUGUUUUAACAGUGAGAAAUGAAUAAAUUAGGAAAAUAAGAAGUGACAUUCAUUUCAGAAGAGUAGGCGUAUGAAGGAGCUGAGCACUAAUUACCUCCCAUCUCAAACUCUUGUUGACUUAUAUGAACUGUAUGGUAAGUCUAGAGAGUAGAUGUGUAGUAAGGGAAGGAAUAAAUGGUCCCAAGCCUAUGUAACUCUAUGGCAACACCCAGCAGAUGAAGAGGAUCCACAUGAGGCCAUUCCAGAUACAUUCUAUUACCUUACCUCAUUUCCUUCUCUAGAGGAAGACUCGAUGCAUGCAUUUGCUCUUGUAUGUGUAUGUAUGCCUAUACUUAGAGUCUCAGAUUCACAAGGCCGCAACACAUCUGCAACGCCACCCAACUGGGUCAGUUCAUUGACCUUUGGUUGCUUCUCAGAAAUAUUCAGCUUUCAGAUGUGGCCGACAAAAUUUCUUGGAAGUGGACUCCUGACUUGAAGUACUCGGCUAGCUCGGCUUAUCUGCAGCAGUUCACUGGUUCUUUUGCAGCCACCAAUGUCUAGAAGCUAUGGAAGGCUAGAGUUGAACCCAAGUGUAGAUUCUUCAUUUGGCUAUGGCUUUGGGAACACAUCCUCACCAACGACAACCUUCUGAAGCGGGGCUGGCCGAACAAUGGCCCUUGCAACCUCUGCGAUCAACAGCCUGAAAUCCCUGCACAUUUGCUGCUCCAUUGCUCCUUCGCACGCGAGGUUUGGCACCUGACUGCGGAUUGGCUUCAGCAACCGGCACUCAUCCUGCCUAUCGACUCCUGCUGCUCCCAGGUGUCUGUCUAUGGCUGCUGGAACAUUUGGAAGGAGAGAAACAGGCGAGUCUUUCAAAAUUCUAUCUGCUCGGCUGAUCAGGUGCUUAGCAUGUCAAAUCGAAUAUGGCCCUUGCUCACUCCUCCAUUACUUGAGACACCUUUGGUGAAAACGAGCCAGAGCCCGAGCCGGAUUAGUUUUGUAUGCUUUCUUUCUUUUCUUUAGGAAAACUACUUUCCCUGUCUUGUAACUGACAAAUCUAAGACAAGUAAUAUGGAUCGGAGGGGGUAACUGACAUUAUGUUGCUUCCCCUCUGAAAUGCAUCGGCAGUACAACUGCCUGUCCCUUAAAAAAACAAUAUGAUCACCAUCACUUGCUGCAUUUUGAAAUCCUUGAGUUUAGCGGCACAUCAAAUAUUCAAAUCUAGAUUCUACAUCUGCUUCAUACAACUUCGGCAAACAAAGUUCCAAGCACAUUAUUGCUUAAGCGGAUAGUCAAUAAGCAUACCUUUAUUUAAAUUGAGCAUGCCCAUACAGGUGAAAGCACAGUUUAAUUUUCGGAUCCUUCUUGUUUACCAUUCAUGUUCACUGUUCGGGUAAAAGAUCAAUUUCCCACAUACGUAGUUUGUGAGAUGACUACUUCAUAUUUGUAGCGUAUUAUUAGAUGGUACUCCCUCCGUUCCAAAAUACUUGAAGUUUUAGGUUUGUCCUAACAUUUUUAAGUUUGACCAAGUUAAUAGAAAAAUAUACCAAUAUCUACAAUAUCAUAUUAGUUUCCUUAGAUUCAUCAUAAAACAUAUUUUCAUACUUUAUAUAGUUGAUGUUGUAGACGUGAUAUAUUUUUCUAUCGACUUGGUCAAACAUAAAGAUGUUUGACUUAGGAAAACCUAGAACUUCAAGUAUUUUGGAACGUAGGAAGUAGUACUCAGUGUGGAUUAGGUUCCAUUUGCAAUGUUUUGAUCUUGUGUGAGCAUGCUUUUUGUGUCCAGAAAAUCGUUGGUGAAAAUGACUGGAAGUUGACACAAGAGCAUGAAAGCAGUGUGAAUAUUAUACCAUCAUGUUUUUCAGGACCGCAAGCAACUACAUACUUACAAUAUUAUGUAUCCUUGUUGUCCCUGUCACAAUCUUUGUACAGUUUAUUUUACUGUUAAAAUUGUAAAGCAGUACUUCCAUAAUUAGUAAAAUUUACUAGAGAAAAGACAAAACUUUAGUCAGCCACAUAUUUUGACUUGAAAAUAGAAGUAUUGUAUGUUCUACUUACUGCAGAAGCACACAUGUUGUCUCACAUGACUGGAUAGUCCUAACCUUAUAGGUUUUCUGCAUAGGCCUCGUGGCACCAUUUUCCAGGGCUUGUUCGAUGUUGCACACUUGUACCUCAUGGAAGCCUCAAGCGUGGAAGCCAGCGCAUAUGUCACACGCAUUCGGGCAUGAGCCAAGGAAAAGCUCACAGCAGCAAACCGAAGCUCUAGCAAGCGUGCCAGCUCACCAAGCUCGCCUUCACUCCAUCGCUCAUCGCCGAGCUUUGUUUUGCUUGUGUAACGUCCUAUGGCUAAGACCGGAGAAGACAAGGAAGAGGUUGAGAAGGCAAGGAGUGAAGGGUCCCAAGCCUACUUUGCUUGAUGGCAACGCCAAAGAGAUGAAGCGUAUCCGACAUGAGCUCAAGCCUAUGAAGAAGCAAGACAGCAACAACUACAUCUCCACCCUCUUCCCUCACAUCCUUGUCUGGAAGGAAAUUUAUGGCUCUGUGUUCCUUUACUCGUCAGGAGGUCGGGAGAUAUUGCAUGUUUCUCAGCCAGACAUGGUAAAGGACAUAGACCACUGGACACCAUCAGAGCUCGGGAAGCCUAAUUAUCUGAAGAAAACUCGAAAAGCCCUUCUAGGGGGAGGGUUAUUUACGGUGAAUGGUGACGAAUGGGCCUAUCAGAGGAAGACCAUGGCGCCAGAGUUCUUCAUGGACAAGAUCAAGGGUAUGAUACAGCUGAUUGAAGAUGCAACUGCUCCGCUGCUAGAAGCAUGGGAGAACAUUCUCGACAGUGCAGGAGGUAGCACAGAGAUAGUUGUCGAUGAUUAUGUGCGGAACAUCUCAGCAGAUGUAAUCGCCAGGGCUUGCUUCGGGAGUAGCUUCGCAAAAGGAGAAGAGAUAUUCUGCAUGCUCAGGAAGCUUCAAAAGGCGAUUUCUCAACAGGAUGCAUUUGUUGGACUCUCUGCACUGUGGAAGCAUCUGCCUACCAAGAGCAACCGAGAGAUACGGAAUCUGGUUGAGAGAGUCAGGCUACUGAUCUUGGAACUGGCAAAGGACAACGGGAACGAGAGUGGAGCUGAGAAUGAGGCAACUCAUAACGGUCUUCUGCGUGCGAUCAUCAAAGGCUCCCAUGGUGCUGGCCAUGGCGGCACUGCCGAGGACUUCAUCGUUGGCAACUGCAAGACCAUAUACUUUGCAGGGCACGAGAGCACGGCGGUCACCGCCAUUUGGUGCCUGAUGUUACUGGCCAAACACCCGGAGUGGCAGGAGCGCGCCCGUGUCGAGGCGCUGGAGGUUUGCCAUGCGAGGAGCACGUUGGACGUCGACGCCCUCCACCGACUGAAAAUUCUGACGAUGGUGAUCCAAGAAACUCUCCGUCUGUACCCACCGGCGUUGCUGAUGAUGCGUGAAGCCCUGACGGACAUAAAGAUCGGCGACCUGGAUGUGCCCCGCGGAACGAUCGUCCAGGUGACCAGAUCGAUGCUGCACCUGGACAAGGAAGCCUGGGGCCCCGACGCCGACGAGUUCCGCCCGGGCCGGUUUGCCAACGGUGUGGCUGGGGCGUGCAAGCCGGCGCACAUGUACACGCCAUUUGGGCUCGGCUCCAGGACCUGCAUCGGGCAGAACCUGGCGAUGACGGAGCUGAAGGUGGUGCUGGCGCGCCUGCUGAGCAGGUUCGCCUUCUCGCCGUCGCCGACGUACCGCCACGCGCCGGUGUUCCGGCUGACCAUCGAGCCAGGGUUCGGCAUGCCAUUGGUGGUGAAGAAGCUGUGAUCACCAUCGUUGCUCAUUGACCUGUAGUCGACCAGACUCUGAACUUGGACAGUCAACACUCACCAGGCGUGCGAGCCACAUAUAUACUUCCUAUGUCUCAAAAUAUAAGACGUUUUUGAGUUUUCAGACAGUCCUCAAAACAGUGUGAAUAGUCAUUUCUACCCUCAACAGUUUGAUUUUCAAAUUUGUCUC